CUCUUCAAAAUGGGGAGAAUUGGCAAAGAAAUAGCAGGUCAGGUCAUUUCCUUCGUAGGGCUGGUUGGGCUGGCGGUGACCUGUGGGAUCCCCAUGUGGAGGGUCACCUCCUACAUCGGAGCCAACAUCGUGACGGGGCAGAUCAUCUGGGACGGCCUGUGGAUGAACUGCGUCAUGCAGAGCACGGGGCAGAUGCAGUGCAAGCUGAACGAGUCGGUCAUGAGGCUGUCCAGGGAUCUGCAAGCUGCCCGAGCCCUCGUCAUCAUCGCCAUCGUCUUCGGCCUGAUCGGCUUCUUGGUCACUUUCAUCGGAGCCAAGUGCACCGGCUGCCUGAGGAAGGACUCCUCCAAGGCCAACGUGGUGAUCAUUGGAGGCGUUCUGAUCAUUGUUUCUGCCAUCCUGCUCCUCAUCCCCGUCUGCUGGUCUGCAGCCAUCACCAUCACAGACUUCCAGAACCCCAUCACCAUCGAGACACAGAGGAGAGAGAUCGGAGCCUCCAUCUACAUCGGCUGGGCGUCUGCUGCUCUUCUUCUCAUCGGGGGGAUCAUCUUUUGCACGUCCUGCCCUCCUCAGAAGCCCGUUUAUGGAUACCCAGGAUACCCACCAGCACCGGGGUACCCCUACGCAGGACCGGGGCCGAACCCGGCGUACGGCCCCGUGUAUGUUCCUCCAUCCAGCAGAGCGUACACAGCCAGUGGGACGUAUGCACCAGCCAAACCAUACGCAGCACCAACUGCAUACUCUCCGAGACAAUACCUCUAA